AUGGCAAUAGAAAGAAAAAAUUUGGAGGCUAUCUUUGAUCGAAAAUUGAAGCCUUUAUUCUCGAAAUUCGACGAUUUAAAUUCUAAAGUUGAUGAAGCUAUGUGUUCGUUAUCGUUUCUAAGUGCAAAAUAUUAUGAGCUAAAUGAUAAAGCUAUAAAUAUGGAAGCAGGAAUGAAAAAGCUAAAAGAUGAGAACUCUAUUUUAAAACGUGAUCUUGCUAACACAAACGGUGAAAAUGAUCUGUUAAAAAUUGCUCAAGACGAACUUGAGUAG